GCAUGGACAGCUUGAAAACAGUCAUGUUCACACAGGACUGAACAAUGUUUUAGGAGGAUUUUUUUUUCCCUUCAAAUAAGACUAAAGGUUUCUGAAAGAGGUUAUUACUAGCAUGGUGACACAUGCAAGUCUAAUGGCAGAAAGCAACAGGACCACUGAGGCUGCAGAACUCAUCUUGUGCAAUAAAGAAGCAAACAUUUAUGAUUGCAAUCAAUCAGAUCCUGUGGGCUCUCAAAGCCCAAUCCCACUGACGGACGCCUGGCUGGUGCCAGUGUUUUUCACCCUUAUUAUGAUUGUAGGUUUGGUGGGAAACUCAUUGGUCAUCUAUGUAGUUGUCAAAAACCAGCAGAUGAAAACUGUUACAAACCUCUACAUAGUUAAUCUUGCCACCACAGAUAUACUUUUCCUGGUUUGUUGCGUUCCUUUCACUGCCACUUUGUACACUCUUCCUAGCUGGAUAUUUGGGGACUUUAUGUGUCGCCUCGUCAAUUACCUGCAACAGGUGACCGCACAGGCAACCUGCAUCACUUUGUCUGCAAUGAGUGUUGAUCGCUUUUACGUGACUGUCUACCCACUCCAGUCCCUCCGUCAUCGAACACCACAGAUGGCUCUGUCUGUAUGCACCACUAUUUGGAUAUGUUCGUUGCUGCUUUCAGUGCCGAUAGCGUUGUAUCAGCACACAGAGUCUUCAUUCUGGUUUGGUCCACAGACAUACUGCACUGAGGCCUUUCCCUCUCUCAUUCAUAAGAGGGCUUACAUUCUUUACUCCUUCUUGGCUGUUUACCUGCUACCUCUGAUCACCAUCUGCAUGUGUUACACCUUCAUGCUGAAACGCAUGGCUCAAGCCACGGUGGAACCUGUAAAUGGCUGUAACCAGCUGCAGACGCCAGCAGAGCGUGUUGAAGCAGUGCGGACCAGAGUCUCCAGAAUGGUGGUUGUAAUGGUGCUGCUGUUUCUGCUCUGCUGGGGUCCGAUCCAGAUCCUGAUUCUCUUACAGGCGUUCUGUCCUGAAGAUGUGAGUCACAGCUACACACUCUACAAACUGAAGAUCUGGGCUCACUGCAUGUCCUAUUCCAAUUCCUCCAUAAACCCCGUCAUCUACGCCUUCAUGGGAGCCAACUUCAGAAAGGCCUUCAGAAGUGUGUUCCCUUUGAUCUUCAAAAGGAAUGCAAGAACCACCGAGCCUCUCCCCACCUAUAACAGAGAGAUGAACUUUCUUUCAUCCUGACCUUAAAGGAUUUUUAGGACUGGUUAUGCAUGAUUAUACCUUUGAAAGAUGAAAUCAAUAAUACUUUAUAAAGAUGCUAUCAGACCAAAACUAACAAUUUAACUGGUACAUUCCGUGAUCAGUAUAUUAUUAUUAAAAACAAAAAAACAAAAACAAAAACAAAAAAACAUUCUAAAUGUAUGCGUUUGUGAAAGAGAAAUACACUUUAGCAUAUGUUUAAAAAAUAACUUCUUAUGGUUGCACUCUACUUUAAAAUGUAAAGACACUUAAUUGUGUUUAUUAUGGUUUAUUUUUUUCAUUAAAUGCAAUAAGCUGAAAUUUAAAGUGCUUUUUGACCCACUUAAGUAGGACUUGACUACAUCUUUAUAUGUAGUUUCAUAAAAACGUCUGUGUUUAUGAAACAAUGAU